CAGGGGGCUGCCGUGGGGCCACUUCCCAGCCCUGGGGGGUGACGUCCCUCCGGGCUCUGGCCGCACGUGACUGUAGCGCUGAGCGCCCAGAAUAAAAUUGUGGAUCAGUGUGAGAAGCUCCAGCUGCAGAGUGCUGCCAUCACCAAAUACAUGGCUGAGGUGCUGCCAGGGAAGAACCAAAGUGCUCUGAGUGCGGCCAGCUGGGCCCGGGAAGUGGUGAUCCAGAGACUGAUCUUUGUGAGAAAUGUGUGUGAGAACGAAGAGCAGCGACUGCUAGAGAAGGUGCACACGGAGGAGGAGAGGACUCACCAGAGCAUCCUGACCCAGCGAGCUCACUGGACCGAGUCCCUGCAGAAACUGGCUGCCCUCCGCACCUACCUAGUGGAUAUGAUCACCAACCUGGAUGACCACGGCCUGGUGCACGCGGAGCAGGAGAUCUUCGAGAGGACAGAGGCAGCGGAGGGAAUCCUGAAGCCACAGGAGUCCGAGAAGUUAAACUUUAAUCAGAAAUGUGUUCAGAGUCCAUUACUGCACCAGCUGUGGGCCUCUGCUGUUCUCAGCUGUGCCACAGGUUUGGAAGAAGUUCACGUAGAUGAGAAAACCAUCAGCCCCUUGCUGGCCCUGUCCGAAGACAAGAAAACCUUGGCAUUCAGCCCCAAGAAGACAAAGCCCUAUCCAGACUGCCCAGAGCGCUUCGAUCACUGGCCCAACGCUUUGGGCACUAAGGCCUUCCACAAAGGGACCCACGCCUGGAGGAUCCGCGUGGACAAAAGCUGCGCAUACAAAUUGGGCAUUUCUUAUGGCUCCUUGCAGCGCAAAGGGGCUGGCAACGCAGCCCGGCUGGGCUACAACCCCUUCUCCUGGGUGUUCUCGCGCUAUGACAAGGAGUUCCGAUUCUCACACAACAGCCGUCAUCAGGCGGUGGAGCUAGUCAAGUGCCCCGCGCAGGUAGGCGUGCUGGUCGACUUGGAUGGGGGGGAAGUGCUGUUCUACGAUCCUACUGUCUGUGUCAUCCUCCACUCGCACCGUGAAGCCUUUACUGCACCCAUCUACCCCGUGUUUGCCGUGGCUGACCAGAGCAUCUCCCUCGUUCAGUGAACGAGGCCUGGCACAGGGGCAGCAGCUCACCCACCAGCUCUGUGCGGAAAAGGGGGAGCUUUCUGCAGAGACACACAAUUUGGCACGCCACCUACAGGAUCUUCAGUCACUCCAAGCAGCCAGGAUGGGGCUGGCAGCCCGAAUGCACUGACACCUAUGUCCAGGGUCCCAGGGGGGCCACACUGAGACUGCUCAAUCAGGGCAAACUGCAAUGAAUGAGGCAGACUAUCCCCCAAGCUGGAGGUUAUUUCUAAUAAUUAGAUUCACCAAUCCAGCAACAAAACAGCUUCUAUAAUAUCUUCCUGGUUACUCAGAAGCCACAAACACGUCCAGCCCUUGGCUCCCACGCAGACAGCCCAGUCAAAGAUAAUGAGGAUUACUGAAAAUCUUAUUCAUCAUAUAAAAAGUUCUACUAAGCCCAAAAGUUCAGACACAUUACCUGCCAAGUCAAUGAACAUUUCAGAUCUUACCCAAAUACACACUUACAGCCAAUUCUUAUUAACUAAACUAAGAUUUUCUUAAAAAGAAAAGAGAGUAUAGGUUAAAAGAGCAUUAUACAUACAGAUAUAAAUAAAAUUCUUAGUUUCAUAGUAGAGUUGAAAUGAUAAACUUUAGAGUUGCAAAGAGUUCUUUCAGAAUUAUUUCCAUAGGUUAUCAUUAAGACUACGAUUUAAUCACGGGUAUUUUUUUAAUAAAAGUCACAGACAGGUCAUGGGCCAUAGCCCAUGUUAUUGUGACCUGUCCAUGACUUUUACUAAAAAUACUCCUAACUAAAUCUUAGGUGCUGAGGGGUGGAGCGCUCCAGCAGACAUUGCUGCUCACAGGCAUGGGGGUAACUUAGGGGGGCAGCUGCGGAAUUCACAGAGGUCCCAGAAAGUAAUGGAAGCCGUGACUUCUGUGACCUCCAUGAAAGACUUGCAGCCUUAGUAAUAAUACAGUGUCCAAUAUCAGGGUGAGCCAGACUGGAGCUGGAGACCUCAGUCCUGUGACUUAAAUUUCCCCUGAUGAAGCUUAAGCGGAUCUGAGAUAAAAGGAUCAGGGCUCAAGAAUGCUUGUUAUAGAUCCUGGCAGUCUCUUGACAGCAGGUAUUCCUUGAGUGAACAAUAAUGGCUUUGAAGUAGAACCUCCUAUUUCCUAAGCACCACUGGUGAUUAGCUGCAUCGAUUAACAUAAGGCAACUGCCCAUCUCCCGCCAUUUACAGGCAGUUUACUAUAUACCACACAGAAAUAAAGACAAUGAUAUUACUACA